AUGCCGCCCAUGCUUCGCGCAGAGCAGCUGCCGCAGUACAUCGCGUCUAUGGAGCAAGACCGGAAUGCGCGGUUGAAGAAGGUGGAAACGCGAAUACAUAAGGCGAACGAGAAGUAUGCUGCAAUUUCGACGGCCAUAGAGGACAUGCUGGAAGAGCAUGCUCGUCAGCUGGCAUCGAACGAGGCCGCAGCGCAGCGAAAGGAGGAACAGAUCCGAAAAGCUGCGGAGCAGGCAAUCGCUGCUGCAGAGGAGCGUGCCAGACGGGCCCGCGAACACCGCGAGGCUCUAGAAGCGGAGCUACGAGCUAUGCGCGUGGACAUGGCAAAGCUUGAGAAGGAGUAUGCCGAGCAGCAGAGGGUCCUGUCGGAAGAGGUGGCCGCGGCAGACGUUCGCACAGCGCGGCUGGCCCUCGAGACAGAGGUCCAGGUCUCCGCGCUUCGACAGGAAGCCGAGGAAGCCGUGAAGGCCACCUACGACGCGGUGCAGCAAGAGGGUUGGAAAGUAAAGCGGCUGCAGGAUGAGUUUGGUGGGCUUGCCGAGGCGGUAACUGGUGUGACGGCCUGUGACCGGGAUCACCAGCUGCGGUCGAUUCCUAAAGUCAAAGCCAGACCGUUUGAUGUCCCUGAGCAUCCUUUCCGUGGAGUGGGCAAGUAUGGAUCCUCGAAGCCUCUGCAAAAACCCAAAGGGUUUCUGGAAGAGGUCCGCGCCGCAACUGCGGCAAAGCAGAGGUCAUCAUGA